GUGAGCUGGAAGCGCAGAGGCUCGUUUUCUAGACAAGCGAACACACAAAGUCUGUUAAAAGUUUGGAUGUUUAUGGUCACAAUGAAGGCCUUUAUCUUCUUUCUUCUCCUGGGAAUACAGGGGGCAGCGGCAGUGACCCACUCUAUGAAGUAUUUCUACACUGCGUCCUCUCAAGUCCCAAACUUCCCAGAGUUUGUGGCUGUUGGGAUGGUUGAUGAUGCUCAGAUGGUUUAUUAUGACAGCAACACGGAGAAAGCUGUGCCCAAACAGGACUGGGUGAACGAUGCAGCAGAUCCACAGUACUGGGAGAGGAACACUGGGAACUUCAGGGGUGCCCAGCAGGUGUUCAAAGCCAACAUUGAGAUUUUAAAGCCUCGCUUCAACCAAACUGGAGGUGUUCACCUUUACCAGUGGAUGUACGGCUGUGAAUGGGAUGAUGAGACUAAUGAGGUGAAAGGAUUUGAACAAGAUGGUUAUGAUGGAAAGGACUUCUUAUCAUUCGACAUGAAGACAGAAACAUUUAUCACUCCAGUACCGCAAGCUAUUGUCACCAAACACAAGUUGGAAAGUAACAGAGGUUUUAUUGCACAGAAGGUGAACUACCUCACCCAGAUUUGUCCUGAUUGGCUAAAGAAGUAUGUGAGCUAUGGGAGGAGUUCUCUGAUGAGAAAAGUUCUUCCCUCAGUGUCUCUCCUACAGAAGACUUCUUCCUCUCAAUUUCACUGCCACGCUACAGGUUUCUAUCCUAACAGAGCUGAGAUGUUCUGGAGGAAAGAUGGAGAGGAGCAUCAUGAGGGUGUAGUCAAAGGAGAGAUUCUUCCCAACAAUGAUGGGACCUUCCAGAUGAGUGUUGAUCUAGAUCUUUCAUCAGUCACACCUGAAGACUGGGACAAGUAUGACUGUGUGUUUCAGCUCUCUGGUGUGAAUGAGGACAUUGUCACCAGACUGAACAAAGUAACCAAAAAAGAAUUUCCAGUUGGUGUUGUUGUUGGUGUCAUCGCAGGCCUGUUGCUCCUGGCAGUCAUAGCUGGAGUCUAUAUGUGGCAAAAGAAGUAUAAAGGAUUUAAACCUACUAAUACUUCUGACACUUCAUCAACUUAA